UCACCGUCAGUACUCGCAUCGGCCAUUUUGUGAGUGUGUGCUGGAUCAGGAUAUUUGUGUUAAGAAGCUUUUUCAGUAAAACCGAAUGAAUUAGUUUACGAGACGAGACUCGCAUCACUUUUAUUACAUGUGCUAAGAGUGUGGAAUAUUCGUAGACUCGACAUAGAAUCGUACGAUGGAGGAGAAAGCAUCGUUGAAGGAACUCGACCAGUGGAUAGAACAAUUAAAUGACUGCCGACAACUAACAGAAAGCCAAGUAAAAACUCUCUGCGAGAAGGCAAAGGAAAUCUUAGCUAAAGAGUCCAAUGUACAAGAAGUAAAAUGUCCUGUAACAGUGUGCGGAGAUGUACACGGGCAAUUCCAUGAUUUAAUGGAAUUGUUUAGAAUAGGAGGCAAGUCUCCAGAUACAAAUUAUCUUUUUAUGGGUGACUAUGUGGAUCGUGGCUAUUAUUCUGUUGAAACUGUUACCUUGCUUGUUGCGCUCAAGGUCAGAUAUCGAGAGAGAAUAACUAUUUUACGAGGAAAUCAUGAAUCCAGACAAAUAACACAAGUAUAUGGAUUUUACGAUGAAUGUUUACGUAAAUAUGGCAAUGCGAAUGUGUGGAAAUUCUUUACGGAUCUGUUCGAUUAUUUACCAUUAACUGCAUUAGUGGAUGGUCAAAUAUUUUGUUUACACGGCGGUUUAUCACCUUCUAUUGAUACUUUAGAUCACAUACGUGCCCUAGAUCGUCUUCAAGAAGUACCACACGAGGGUCCAAUGUGUGAUCUUCUGUGGUCAGAUCCAGAUGAUAGAGGAGGGUGGGGUAUUUCUCCUCGUGGGGCAGGGUAUACUUUUGGACAAGAUAUCUCAGAAACUUUUAAUCAUUCUAAUGGGUUGACAUUAGUGUCACGAGCACAUCAGUUAGUUAUGGAGGGCUACAAUUGGUGUCAUGAUCGUAAUGUUGUAACUAUAUUCUCAGCACCUAACUAUUGCUAUCGUUGUGGAAAUCAAGCUGCAAUCAUGGAAUUAGAUGAUGCUUUAAAAUAUUCAUUCCUUCAAUUUGAUCCAGCUCCAAGACGCGGAGAACCACAUGUUACUAGGCGGACACCAGAUUAUUUCUUAUAAAGAACCAAACCCCAGAGUUAACUAUUAAGGUAGGGGUAUGGAAAUGAUUCAGGCUUUAUAGCAAUGCCACUGAACAUAAUUUAUGAUCAAUAAAAGUGUGAGGUUCCAGCUAUCCUUACACAUUACAUUAUAGUCUCAAGUAUUAUGUCAUGACUCACUUCGUGGUGUCUUGUUGAGAGACGGAACACACAUCCACAUACUUUGCGUGUGUCCCACACCGUACAUGUAGACACAACAUUAAUUGUAUACAAAUAGAAAAAAAAAACAAACAAAUUAACAUACAAUAAUGUACACACGUACCAAUUAAAAUUCGCGUAUAGCAUUGAGUUCUACAACCUUCAUUAUACUGCUUGUAUUUUUAUUAUCGGAAAGAAAAAUGAAAUGAACAUACUACACCGAUUGAAUAUAAUAAGUAGUGUGAACAAGAAAUGUGCAUGUUAUUGUUGUUUUGAAACCUUGAACAAAUAUUAAUUUAUUGGUAACUGUUUAUACAAGCAAAAUUAUUUGUUGCUUAUAUUGAAUAGAAAUAAUGUUGUUUGAGGUUUCAAAAAGCAUACCAAAAUGAUUAUAAUUUAUAUUUAAGAGUGUCACAUAAUUAUUAGUGUGAAUGGAGCAUGAAAUGUUCCACUUAAAGGAAAUACAAAGAGGGUUGAUGCAACUGUAAAUUGGGCAUGUUUCAGUUGUGCCGUAUAAGUAAUUUAAUAAAUUCUUUAAUAGAUUUCUUUGAUAAUUGUAAUAUAGCAUUACACAUAAUAAUUCAUCAGAAUCAUAGCACUCAAUAAUUUUGCUGUUAUUUUAUCGAAUAGAUCAAAAUAUAAUUUGUAUAUAUCAUAUUUUUAUAGCAAUAAUGAAAAUAUAACUUACAUUAGCAAAAAGGCUUAUCGAUUAAGUUCAUUUUCUAGUUUAAUUUUUCAAACUUAUUUGUUCAAAUACAUAUAAUUUUUAAAUGUUUAUACAAAUAUAAUCCUCUUGGGUCAUCUUAAUUUAUAUAAUUAAUUAGAACACUUGCAUCAAUCCUGUCAAGAUUUCCUAAGUGAAACACACACUUUAUACUGAAUAAAUUCAUGCAUUCAUGAUCAUUAAAUUGAAAGUUAAUUGCUUGUGAACCUACCAAUGACUUUUUUACUAAUUAAUAGAUAUAAAAUGAUGCUUCUGAUAAAUAAACAUGUGUAAUGCAAGUUAAAUGAA